CCAAAAUGUUUCCAUUGAAUCCUUUCUUCCCUCCUCUUCUUAAGGAUGGUUGCUCUCGCAUCAACGCAGCUGCUCCCUCACUUGCAACAUCUAAUAAACUCUCUAUUGUUCCUGGAUUGUCUCUACCUGGUUCUCCGGUUGAUAUCACAAAAUGCUGGUCAUCACUCUCUAGUGUCGAAGGUUGUGUAGCUGAGAUAUUCAAAUCAGUAUUCACAGGAAAGUUUGGUAGUGUUGGAUCUACGUGUUGCAAAGCAUUUUCGGAUGUAGAUUCAAAGUGUUGGCCACAUAUAUUUCCGCUAAAUCCCUUCUUCCCUCCUCUUCUCAAAGAUAGUUGCUCUCGCAUCGAAGCAGCUGCUCCUACACAUAAGUAA